AUGGUAAGGGGGGGGGUUUCUGUAGUGUGGGGGCUGAUGCUCGAGGAGGAGUUGACUGCCCAUUGGCCUCGUGGCUUUAAGUUCUGCUCCCUGGAUUGGUGCCGAAAGCUAUCAGAAACGCCUUUAUCGAUAGUUUCUGCAGCCCGAACCAUGCAGAGGAAGUCAAGAAUAGCAGAUCCAAUAAAGAUUGCCUUUGACCACCGGGUACGAGCUCGUCAACUGUUGGAGCUUGGUUAG